ACUACAUCACACAUUACUGUUAUAUCAUAAUUUACGUGCUGCAGUCGCAUUGCUUUUAUUUGCUUUGAACACAAUGGAAUUAGCGCGCGCAUUAUUACCCGUGCCAGCAGAGCAAAUACAACAGCAACAACAAGCACAAGUUACAACGGAUAAUAAUUUAGGGAAUAAUUUUAUAUAUUUAAUAAUUGGCAAUGAUUUGCUGUGGAAUGCUUUGGCAGCACUGAGUCUCACCCUAAUACUGAUGUGGUAUCAUCGCGUGAUGGAGGUGAAGAAAUCAACAAAUUACCUCUAUUUCACAUGCAUCGUUGAGUUAUUUAUAUCCUUUAUACGUACUUAUGAGCUUGCUGAGAUAUUUUACUAUCAAAAUAUUUAUGAAAUGGAAGCAUGUCUUGAGGCCUUAUCGGCGCUCUCACUACUGGGAAUGGCGACAAUUGAUGGUUUUACGAUAUACAAAGAGCGUUAUCGCCCUGACUAUUUGGAGGAUUAUGAUAAAAUCGGCUAUAAACACACCUUGGCCACAUUUUAUUCGAAAGCGUGUUUUUGGUGGCUCACACCCUUGCUGUGGUUCGGCUAUAAGGAGCCUUUGGAAGUUGAAGAUUUAGGACAAAUGCGUUUGGAAGAUAGUGCGCGUGCGCAUUACGAUCAGUUCUUGUUGAUCUAUAAAACGGCAAAAGUGAAGAAUGGCGAUCGCCCACCCUCACUAUGGCUCUGCUAUUUGCGCAGCAGCUGGCGAAUGUUUACGCUGGGAGGACUGCUAAAGCUCUGCGGUGAUUUAUGUGCUUUGAUUGGCCCACUUGCCAUACAGCAAAUUGUGCAAUAUAUCGAAAGCAUGUACAAUACGACUUAUGCCGAUUGGAUGCAAUUUAAUAACAACAACAACACUACAAAUGUUGUUGACAGUAGAUUUGGCAAUUUGCAUGACAGCCACCGCAUUAAACUGCAAACAGCGGCAACAAAUUGGAUCACAAAUGCCUUGGCGGCAGCUUUAACCACUAACACUGCUGAUAGUUUACGUAAUAGCAACGACAACAACAACAAUAACAAUCACAAUAUGCACAUCAUCAGCACAUCAACAGCCGCACUCCAUACUCCAGCCAUGAUAACUGUGCCCAGUCGUCUGAGCAUUGGGCUGUUGAGUAGCAUCAUUAAAAACACCACCACCACCACCACCACCACCACCGAGUCCACCACCGGCACAGUUACCACAAAUGAUAACAAUCAAAUGUUGCAUGCCGGCAUCGAUUACAAUGACAGUGAAGUGCAAAUUUACUAUCCGAAUUGGUUAGAUUUAGUGUCGAACGGCUGGACCAUCGCUUGGCUGGUGUUGUUGGCCGCAUUGGCGCAGGGCGCACUCUCACAAGCCUCGACACAUGUACUCAACAUGACUGGCAUUCGUAUAAAGACGUCGCUGCAGGGUUUAAUCUAUCGCAAAACAUUGCUGCUCAAUUCAAGUGUUGGACAGCCAACUGCUGCUGGCUCGGCAACUGUUGGUGGUGGCAUUGGCAAUGAUGGUGAUGAGACGAAAGGAAAAUAUUUGUAUACGACAGCUAAUGGGGAUAAGACUGUGGCGGCUGCGGAGGAAGGUAAAGCAGUUCACAAAGCAGAUGGUGAAAGCAAAGGAAAUAUAAGUGACAGUGGCGGUGUACCGGGCGCGGAUAUUAGCGGCUUAAGCGAUGUGGGCGCCAUUACAAAUUUAAUGUCUGAGGACGCCUUGAAUGUGAUGUCAUUCUUCUGGAUAGCGCACUAUGUAUGGGCGAUACCAUUGAAGAUCGGCGUUGUUAUGUAUUUACUUUACCUUAAAUUGGGCAUAAGCGCCAUAAUUGGCUCAUUUGUCUGCAUUUUAUCAAUGACACCGUUACAGUUUCUAAUUGGUCGCGCAAUGUCUUUCAAUACGGACAAAGUGGCGAAAUGUGCGGACCAGCGACUUCGGAUUAUUCACGACGUUCUCAUGGGUAUUAAGGCAAUCAAAUUCAAUGUGUGGACCGAGUCAUUUGUGCAUCGUAUUGAUGAAACACGCAAGAAGGAAUUAAAGUAUCUCUGCUGGGACUCAUUUUACUGGACGCUGAUGACCAUACUCACGCACAUUUCCAGCGUACUCAUCAGCUACGUCACGCUAGCUGCGUAUGUGGCGCUCGAAGGCGACGCUGCAGAGUUCACCGCUAGUCGCUUAUUCUCCGCGCUCGCACUCUUUCAACAACUAACGGUACCACUACUCAUUUUUCCCAUAACCGUGCCGAUUAUACUCUCCGCCAUUGUGUCCACGAAGCGUUUGGAGCGUUUUCUCAGCGCACGUGAAAUACACAAACAAUUCGAGGGCAUACGACAUAUGGCGCGCAUAUUGAGUAAGAGCGACGCCUCACUCGAUUACUACGAAGUACAGGGCAAGUCCGGGCAGGACACGACGAUAAGUGAAAGUGGCAGCGGUGAUAGCGGUUUGGGUUUUGGUGGCGAUAAAUUUCGUGUGCAACGUGAAAAUAAAUUGAAUGAACGUCUCACCUUAAAGUUACACAUACCGGAGAGUCCAGCACCGUUGGCACACUCCGAGCCACAAACGCCACUCAUAUCGGUGAACGAGCCGCCUAUGUUGGAUAAAAACCUGCUGACGCCACGUCGCAAUAGCGAAGAGCAUUUACUCAGCAGCGCCGUAGGACGUAAGUUGAGUCAGCAACGUCGUGAUUUGCUGCGUAACAGUCCUUACGUUGUUAUACGACCGCGUAAAUUUCCCGGCAGCGCACCGGCACAAGCGCAUGCACAGCUGACGCCGGCCCAGCAAUUGGCACACAGGCGUAUGGAUUCGUGGAGUCGCGAUUCGCUGGUGUUGAAAUUGCCGGAAGAUAUGGCGGUGUCGGUGCGUGAUGCCAGCUUUUCUUGGUGUUCACAAGGCGCCGAGACGCGAUUGCUAACCGUGCGCAAUGUGACUGUGCCACGUGGUAAGCUCACCAUGGUGGUGGGUAAAAAUGGUAGUGGUAAGACGUCACUGCUGUCUGCGUUGCUCAUGGAAAUGCCUUUGCUGCGUGGCGAUAUCAUUUGGAAUAAAACAUCCACCAUCGCCUUUGUACCCCAGCAACCUUGGCUACUCAACGCUAAUAUACGUGAGAAUAUUUUAUUUGGCGAAUCCUUUCGUCCGCGGCGUUAUGAUUUCGUAUUGGAGGCGUGUGCAUUAAAACCGGAUAUUGAACUGAUGCCGGAUGCGGAUUUUACGGUGAUUGGUGAGCGUGGCAUUAAUUUGUCGGGAGGUCAGCGACAGCGUAUAGCCAUUGCGCGAGCACUCUACUCAUCGGCCAAUGUGGUGAUAAUGGACGAUCCGUUCUCUUCGCUGGACAAUGAGGUGGCACGUCACAUUUUCGAACAAAGUGUGCAGCGUAUGUUGCUCAAGGCGAAACGGACUGUCAUAUUGGUGACACAACAGUUGCAGCUGACAGAGCAAGCGGAUUAUCUAAUUGUCAUGAAGAAUGGCCAAUUGCAGGCCACAGGCGAUUAUAAGGAAAUCGAAUUGAAAUAUCCGCAUAUUGUGGCCAAAUGGCAAGCAAUAAUUGCCAAACUGAACGAGCGAAUGGCAGAGGAAGAAAGUAGUGCCUCCGCUGCUGCUGGCAGGACAGCGCGCGAACGCUGGAAAUUGUACCAGAAUGUAACGAAAUUGGGCCUGCAGCGUACAAAGUCCAGCAAAGUUGUGCCAACAAAAACACAAAAAGCACCCAAAGCAAGAGGAACGGUAAAAACAAAAGCAAUACGCAGAGAAUCACGCGAAAUUGUUUUGAAUUUAGACGCUGGUGUAGGUGGUGAUGUGUGCUUCAGCGGUGAUACAAUUGUUGCCUUGCCGAGUCAUGAAGUUGGUCUACAGGCAAUUGCUGACUAUGAUAAGGCAACAGAGGCUGCUGCUGUUGCUGGUGUGGGUGUGAGUGAUGACGACAAUGGCGUAGAGCCGGACGAAGUUGAUGCUAUGGAGGAAGAGGAAGAGGAGGCGGGGGAGGAGGAGGAGGGAGAUGACGAGUUGGUAGACGAUGGCGAUGAAGAGGAAGAUUUGUUGCCUGUGCAGCUGCCAUCAAUUAGUCGCUGUCGCAGCGGUAGUUUGUAUUUGAACCGCAUUGGCAGCGUAAACAACAAAUCCACAAACGGCGUUAUAGGCGGACAUAUGCCGCUGACACGCCAACGUUCGAGUCACUACGGAUCACGUCAUCUUUUCUACGACGCACCGCUACCCAUCGACGAAUGCCAAAUGGAAGAUGUAAUCUUACGCCGACGACGACGCUCACAACGACAACGUCGCGAUACCGCACAAGAUCAAGCACGUCCCGGUUCACUCAUCUCGACCGGCAGCAGCCGUUUGAGUGCAGCGAGUACGUCUACAACAGCAUCAGCGGAGAUACGACGCAGUAUUUUCACAAACAGUAUUGACAGCAGUGCACCGAGUUAUUUGAGUGGUAUUAGUGGCAGCAGCUUGCUAUCGGCUGACACCGGCUUUGUCGGAACCACUGAAGAGGCGCCAAAACGUACACAGUCGUGGCAACCCAAGAGCGCUGCGUGUGGCGAAGAUGUCGAGGCUGGUGGCGGCGUUGUUGGUGCACAUCAAAAAGUUGCGCGUAACAAAUCAUCACCUGGUUGUCUGGUGCAUAGUACACAAAAGCAGUCCAAAAAUGCUGAUGACACGGCUUCCAGCGGUGGAGGAGGUAAUAGCUUUCAGCAGUUUUUACGUCGCAUGUCAAUGAGACGUACUGCAGCGCAACGUAAACAACGGCCUUUGAGUAGCACGAAUUCCAUAAAAAGCAUCACCGAAGAGGCUCCAACAAAGCAAUUCACGACAAUCUCUAGUUCCGUGCCCUCAAUCGAGCUGAGUACCGUAGCUACGCCAGAGGUUGAUGAAGACCAGAAGGACGCACCCAUUACGGAGGUGGAUAGUUGGAUUAUUCAUAUUGAAAAUGAAGAGGCUACAGAUGCAAACAUCGACUAUAAAACAUUGACCAACAUGACAAGUACGCCAUUAAACAACAACAAUAAUUCCAAUGCCCCAGCAACAGCACAACUCAGACACACAAUAAAACGCAGCAGGGGCAGCAUGAAGAGAUCAGCAGGUCGUGGUGUUGCUGCCAGUAACACGUCGCCUGGCUAUGACGGCGAACGAAAGUACGGCAAGAUACCGACACACAUCUAUUUGUUGUACCUACGUGCAUCCGGCUGGCGCAUGGUGACGAUAUUCUUUUUGACGGCAUUGAUUUGGCAAGGCAUGCGCGUCUAUACGGACGUGUGGCUGCAACACUGGACCGAUGACAGCACAGGUAAUGGCAACGACAGUGGGAAACGAGUUGAUAGUAUGUCGCCGCCGGCAUUUAAUAGAUUUCGUUUCGAUAAAAUGAUUGGUAAUGCAACAGAAGCAACAUUCGAAGCAACAGAGCAGGCAGCCGUCAACCACUCAGGUUUCAACAACAACAGCCAAAUGUACAACAAUACCAUCAACGCUGGCGACAAGGAUGGUCAUGCCGAGAAUGUCACGUAUUAUUUUCACAUUUAUUCGGCGAUUUCGUGCGUUUGCAUUGCCAUGGCGCUGAUAUCGACACCAGCCGGUCAAUUGGCCGGCUGCAAUGCGCGUAGCAAUCUUCACGACCAAUUGCUGUUGGCGAUUAUGCGCAAACCGUUACAUUUUUUCCAAGUGACACCACUUGGACGACUGAUGAAUCGAUUCGGCAACGAUAUGGCCAUCAUCGAUAAGAAAAUCGCCGCCACCAGCCAACGUCUGUUACAAUUCUCUCUGCUUUGUCUCUGUGCGGUGCUCAUCAAUGUCAGCAUUACACCUUGGUUUAUAUUGCUUACAGCGCCCAUAUGCUUUAUAUACUACGGUAUACAGAAAUUCUAUAGAUGUUCGGCGAGAGAACUUCAACGCAUUGAAAAUUCCACUAGCUCUCCCGUGAUCUCUCAUCUCUCUGAGACUAUACAGGGUGUAACGACGAUAAGAGCAUACAAUCAGGAAGCACGUUUCACCGAAAUACUCUUUAAACGUCUGGAGGCAAAUACAAUUGCAUUCACGAUAUUGAAUACGAGUAAUCGUUGGUUGGGCAUAUCGCUGGACUUCCUUGGCGGCUUCAUCGUUUUCAUAGCCAUCAUAACCGCACUCAUAGCGGCAACAAUUAGUUGCAAUCGGUACAACAAUAAAAGCAAUAGCAAUAUACCCGAGUACUUAACACCGACACCCUCACUCGUCGGCUUAGCCAUCAAUUACACACUACUCAUGCCGAUCUAUUUGAAUUGGGUUGUGAAAUUAUUAGCCGACAUGGAAAUGUAUGUGGGUUCGGUCGAGCGUAUAGCAUACUAUGCGGAAAUAGAUGCAAAUGUUGAGACACCAUUGGAUAUUGCGUGUGAUGAGGACGCGUCGGCAAAUGUCAAAAAUAGCAAGGCAAGAAAAGCGGCGAGCAAAACAAUGAAGGAUAUUAGUGUUAAUUUUGAGGUGGCGCGUGUGGAAUUUUGCAAGCCGAGAAGCCUCUCAGUGCCGUUGGUGAUGAGCAAUUAUGAAACGGUACCGAUUUCGUGGCCACGUCAGGGCGAUAUUAGUUUUGAAAAUGUUAGUCUGCGUUAUGAGGGGCAGCGAGAUGAAGUGAUUAAGAACUUAACUCUCAAAGUUCCCUACGGACAAAAGAUCGGCAUUUGCGGACGCACAGGCAGCGGCAAGUCCUCCUUAGCCAUGUCCUUGCUGGGUGUGCUGCAAACAACUAGCGGACGUAUUUGCAUAGACGACGUGGACAUAACGAAAAUUCAUCCGGAUGAGGUGCGUAUGCGUGUCUCGAUGAUACCACAAGAUGUGCAUAUCUUCAAUUUGAGCAUAAGAGAAAAUCUUAAUCCAACCUCUUAUUAUGCAAUCUCCGAGCUGUGGGAUGCAUUGGAGAAGGUGGGACUGACGAGUUUUGUCAAUCAGCUGCCGGAUGGCAUUGAUACCAUUGUGGGUGAUGGCGGCGUACAACUGAGCGCCGGUCAACGUCAACUGGUUUGCUUGGCACGCAUACUGCUGCGCGGCUCGGUUUGUUUGAUACUCGAUGAGGCGACCAGUUCAUUGGAUACCGCAGCGGAGCAAGCGUUACUCACGGCGGCACAUAACUCGUUUCGUGGGCGCACGAUCAUAACAAUUGCGCAUCGUCUCUCCACAAUACUCGACUAUGAUCGUAUUAUUGUACUCGAGCAGGGUCGCAUUAUCGAGGACGACACGCCGGAUGUAUUGCAGCAGCGCAGGGAAGGCGCUUUCUAUAAUUUACUACAUUCUGGACGUCCUUUAAUGGGUAAUAGUUUCGCUACAGAAGCAACAAAAACUGAGAAAAUGGAAGCUUAAAGCCUUUAAAGUAUUUUUUAGCUUUUUUUAAACU